AUGCGCGUACCUCAAGAGGUCGUGAAUGAGAUCAUCUCCCACGUCGAAUGGCCCGCAUUUCGUAUGAGACACAUUGUUUCCAUCCUCGAAGCGUCCGUUCCCGUAUUCUCGCCUCAAAUCUGUGCCAACUUCCGCAAGAAAUAUGUGGACUUCAGGGUCGACAAUCACCACUACUUGGCGACAAUGUUUGCGCUUUGUCCCGCGAUCAAGGAUUCGAUCUGGCAUGUAAAUAUCGAGAGAAACAAGCCUCGUACGCGCACAUACCGCGAGGAAGAGCUGGAGCUGGCACGCUUACUCGACGCUUGCACCAGUGUCCGUGGCCUCUCGAUCAACCUGUGCAUCCAGGGCUGGACGGAGGGCCUUUUGUACGAAGAACAAAGACAAGCCAUUCUCAGGGCCAUGCAGCGUCCUACCCUGGAAUACCUCGCUCUUUUUCGAGUACGCCUACAGGAGGAAGACGAAGUUGCUUUUCGGUCUCUGGCCUUGCCGGCGAGCCUGCGCGUUGUCAAGCUGUGUGGCGUUAGCGUGUUCGGCAUACAUCCCAACGAAGCUGCAGGUCCUGCAGCACCAGCUACUCCAGCUCCCUCCUUGGACUCGUUGAUCGCCGACGAGCGCUCUCUAGGUUUUGUGCGCUUGAUGAAUCUUGCAUCGUGCCGGAGCCUGACGAGGCUUGAUUUCACUUCGGCCGACAAGCAUGUUGACGAUAACCACGUUGUCGCGCAACUUCUGCGGGCAAACGCGCAGUUGCAGUAUCUGAUACUGAGAAACGACUAUCGCGCACAGUUUCCGGUGUAUGACUUGUCGCAUAACCCCGCGUUGCGCUCAGUCAUUGUGCUCAUCCAGAGGAGCGCACCGUUGGUCAUAGAGAAUAUCGCCCGGGCACUUUGCUCUAUUCCCGAGACGGUGGCCCUCGAGACAUUCACGUUGUGCUUCCCGCCCGAGCGGGGCGAAAUUGGGAUGCAGGAUUCACGGCACUGGAGGAUGCCCUUUUGUGCGCGGGGGGCCAAGCGCCGCGCGUGGUUAAGCUGUGUAUAUGGAAGUACACGGACCGCAGGGUCUCCUCGCUUACCAAGGAGCACUUUUGUUGCACGGUCAGGGAUCUUCUUCCGCGGUUGGACGAGCGCGGGAUCCUUGAAGUUGUUACUUGAGGAUCUACAUGUUAGUGCUUGACCUAGAGGGGACCGUGUUCAUCUCGUUCGGAGGCCUCGGUGGCGAGGUGUGGAAUCAUGCUUCACAAGAGCACGGGUAGGGAGUUGUAAACUGCAUGCACGAACACAGUUUCUCGUCCAAAGCCAGGAGAGGGAGGGGGUCGUUGUAUGUACCUUUGUUGACUCGCAUCCGCAGCCAAACAGGGGCAUACAGUGCCUCCCGCCUGCCACGCCUUUGCUUUCUCU